CAAUGGCGGGUGAAGACUUUGUAAGAAAACGUCAGCCUGGCUCCACUAUGACCUGCAGGACCUCUGAGAAUGAAGAAAUGCAGAGGAGACCUGAGGGUGAGAGGUCGCUCCCAAGUGCAAGCAACGGCCGAGUUGAUGUCGACCAUGUGAUAACAAGGAAAAUGCAGCUCAUAGCAGAAGCUGAGCAACUGAAGCCAGCUUUCAUGAAGGAGGUGGACAGUCACUUCACGGAGUUUGUGAACAGCUUGGUGGCAAAAUCAGCACUCCUGGAUUCUUCAUCUUCACUCUUUCCAGAUCCUUGUUCGGAGAAGGACCUACACAAAGCCAAGACUUUGAGAGCCCCUCCAGAACAUGGCAAAAUCUUUACUGCCAGGAGAUCUCUCUUGGAUGAACUCUUUGAAGUGAGUCACAUCAGGACCAUCUACCACAUGUUCAUCGCUCUUCUCAUCGUCUUCAUCCUCAGCACACUUUUAGUGGACUUCAUUGAUGAGGGAAGGCUGGUCCUGGGAUUUGAUCUUUUGGUCUUUGUUUUUGGAAAGCUUCCGGUUGUCUUCUGUACUUGGCUCUGCAUGUUCUCUGCUGCGGUCGUGGUUCCAUACGGCCUCUUCUCCCGAUGGGCCCAGGGCUACAGCAGUUCCUCCCACCGUGUUAUCCACUCCAUCUUCUACGGAACGCUGUUCACACUCUUCCAGACGGUUGGGCUCGGGCUUGGAUCAACCUAUGUCGCUAUAGCGUAUGCCCUGCCUCCAGCUUCCCGGUUUAUUGUAAUCCUGGAACAGGUCCGCCUUGUUAUGAAGGCUCAUUCCUUCGUCCGAGAGAACGUUCCGAAGGUCCUGUCGUCUGUGAAGGAGAAGGCGGGCCCUGUACCUGUGCCCCGAAUUACUCAGUACCUGUACUUUCUCUUUGCUCCCACCCUCAUCUAUAGAGACAGCUAUCCCAGGAAUCCCACAAUAAGAUGGGGGUAUGUAGCUACCAAGUUUGCACAGGUKCUUGGUUCACUUUUCUAUGCCUACUACAUCUUUGUGAGACUCUGCAUUCCUCAGUUCCGCAACAGCAGUCAAGAAACGUUUAAUCUUCGAGGCCUGGUUCUCUGCAUCUUCAAUUCUAUUCUGCCAGGUGUCCUGAUCCUUUUCCUGGUUUUCUUUGCAUUCCUUCACUGUUGGCUUAAUGCAUUUGCUGAGAUGCUGCGCUUUGCAGAUAGGAUGUUCUAUAAGGACUGGUGGAACUCCACUUCCUAUGCAAACUACUAUCGAACCUGGAAUGUAGUGGUACAUGACUGGCUCUACUACUAUGCUUACAGAGACUUCCUUUGGUUUUUUGGUAAGAAGUUCAAAGCAGCAGCUAUGUUGUCAGUCUUCACUGUCUCAGCUGCCGUGCAUGAGUAUGUCCUGAUUAUCUGCUUCGGCUUCUUCUAUCCAGUUCUCUUCUGCCUCUUCAUGUGCUUUGGAAUGGUCUUCAACUUCAUCCUUAAUGAUAGGCGGAAAGGGCCUAUCUGGAAUGUGAUUAUGUGGACGUCCCUUUUCCUGGGCCAAGGUGUCAUCAUUUGCCUCUACAGCCAGGAGUGGUAUGCCCGCCAGUACUGCCCUCUGGAAAAUCCCACAUUCCUGGACUACUUAAAGCCGCGCUCGUGGUCGUGUCAUGUACAGAUGUAAAAGCAGAUACCUCUGGCUGCAUCACCACAGAAGAUCAGACUUGUCCUCCAACCGUUUGGACCACUUAACCAGCUCGCUACGGACUUUCACAAAGGAAGUUAUGCCUCCUGGCUUUUGGGGAGAAACUGUAAUAUUUUCUUUUGUCUGUUUUUUGUAACUUUACUGAGGUGACCCAGGUGAACUGGAUUGUGAGAGGCUUCACAGGCAGCAUUUGGUGCACACUGUCCCACCUUGAGCCAUUUUGACACCAGUAAAAACAGAGCUGAAGGUGGAGUCUACUGGAAUCUUGCUCAUCCACGAGUCCUCCGAAUUGCUGCUCCUUCUGGACAAUAGAUCAGACUUGUUAGUAGCUCCCUAUUGGCCUCUGCCCAUCUCCCAUCCCUUUGCAGUUACUKUCCCUUUUGGUAAUGGGAUGUGUCUGCAAAACUCAAGUUCUUUGUGACSCUACUUGUUGCUGCAGCACUGACAAGUGGCAGAGCAACAGGUUAUUUGCGUCUUUGCUAUGAAACUAGCCAAAGUAUUCCUGGAGAGCUUUGAGAAAUGCACUCUACUUUUGCCAGCUGUUCGGAGAUUUAAAAUGGAUAGAGGAAGAGGGAUUGUCGGCUGCCUCGUGAUUGCAUGGGAGAGUCGGUUCUUGCUUUACCAAGGUUUGCUACACUCAGAAGCAAGGCACGGUGGUGGCAGUUUAAGCCCUCAUUUUUUUAUGCUGAAAGUCUUGGUUUUCUUAAGUAAGCCCAAUUUCUGCAUUUAAAUUUGCAGCCAACUUGCGUCCGUAGCAUCUCUGUGCUCUGAAGGCCUUGUGACUUGUUUUGUUUUUCCCUUGUUUCAUUUUUCCUUUUUUUCCUCAGUUACUAUUGCUCACGGUGGUCGGUUCUCGUAAUAUGUUUUACAAGUUAAAGAACUUUUGCUUUAAUUAGGCAGGUGCUUUAAGGUAUACAAUUUGUUAGGCUUUCUUUGGUGAGAAAGCUUUGAAAUGUUGUGACCCUACUGUAAAAAAAAUUGAGCUUUACAGGUACUUAGUGCUCUCUCAUUUGAACUGUGUACAUCAAACCCAGUGCCAGCAGGUUUUGGUGCCUCCUGCCAACAUAUCUUAACAGCUUCUAACUGCCCAUCAAUGGACAAGAAGCAGUUGGAGUCAGAGCUACUCUUCCUCUCAUCUGUGUCUGCUCUGGCACCAGGGAGGAUUUCAAGUGAAGAUUGGUUUCCUAGACACUGUCUCAUCCUUUCGCAGUCCCAUACCGACUUUUAUGGCGAAAAAUAUGUAUGAAUUUGUCAGUAUUUAUUUUGCAACAGCAGUUUCYUGAUCUGUCAGGCAGAGUCCUUUCCCUUUGGAGCUUAGUUUGACAGAGCAACAUGAUAAAUACUACUCAAGUACAUGGAUCUCCAGUUCUAUUACAAACACAGCUCCCAUUACUGAAGGGGGAGAUGAACUUGGUUAGAGAUACCCUAACUUUGAUCAAAAGAUUUUUCUUCACUACUUGAAUGUUCUCUACUGGCAUUUUUCAGUAACCUUACCUGUGACACUGAAGUGUCAAUGGUUGCUGAACUUGUGUUUCAGUCCAGUUAAGACUCUUUAGGCUACUAUUUUUUAUUAACCCGAGUUCACAAAAUCUAGGUGUUACUUGAACUCCUCGUUUUUCAGUUUCUGUGGAAAAAUUCUGCUCCUCUGGAAGGACAUUCAUUGUGUCAGUUAAAUCUGCCAAAUCUAGGCUUUGCAUAUGUGGUUCUCUGCAAAGGAAAAACAACAACAAAGAAAAACUCCUGCUAGAACUUCUUUCUUUGCCGAAACAGUUCUGUUAACUUCAGGGGGAGUUUGUGAAUAUGCUCAAGCCGAGCAGUAUUAGUAUAUAAAAUCCUGAGAAAGCCAUGGAUUACUUCUUCCUCAUUCAGUUUAAAUAAUACUAUUUUUUUCAGGUCACCUUUGAGGGAGUUUCUAGACCGAUUAAGGAGUCUCUCUCAGCUCAAACUUCCUUUAYAAAACCAACCUUCACACUCUUUGUGGCCAAACAGUUUUGUCACCUGCUUAACACAGAGUGGGUGCAAAUCCAGUCUUUGAGUCAUGGUGCUCAGAACAACUACGUACAGCUGCAGUUGCCCUCAGAUAGGGUGUCUAUGUCAUGGAUCGGGUACUUGAGUCUUUCUUGAUGCCUGUGUCAGGUCUUGCUACUAUCUCGGUGCUCGCAACAGGAGACAAAAUCAUGGCACUUUGUGCCGAGUAGGGUGUUUCCCUCACAGCUGGCCCUGUGCCAUGUCCCUGAAGAGGGGGCUCAGCUUGUCUUGUGUCAGCACCCUCAGCGUGAGGAGCCAAAGGGCUCGAGUGGCUGGCAAGCAAAACACAACCAGAAGGGGUGCUCGGCUGUUGGAACUUGCCUGGUUUUGAUGGGGGCAGAUUUGUAGCCUUGUAGAUCAAGGUAUCUAGCGACUCUUCUGUUAAGGCAUUAAUGCUUGGGAUUAUUUUCAACUUGUUGGAUUUUUUUWAAUUGCCUUCUAAUGUGAGCUUGUUUUCAUUUUUCUGGAGGGGAAAUAAUGUUUUGCACGUUGCUUGUUUAAUUAGUCCCUUACACCAAGGUUUGUUUUGAGAAGCGUUUCCUGAGGCUGUGGGAGCCAGAGCCAGCUGUGCGAUGGCUUUCUGACCAAUAACUUGGAUGCUGAGGCUUCCAACCUGUCAUCUUCAAAUUCUUAAUAGCGAUUAGUAUAUGCAGUUCCCUGCCAUUCUUCCCAGGACGAGCAUCACAACCCUUGCUUCCAUGGUAACUCAUCAGUUUGGAAGUGGGAGAAGCUUCCAGCUCUGGAAUGGUGGCCAGACAGCUGCAGUGUUUUGCUCAGUAACACCAGGGAAACAGUAUUAACGUGGUGGAACGUGUUCCAGUUUUCAUGGAGAUACCGUCUCGGGAAGGCUGAAUCUGUACAGCAUCCUCAUGCCUAGUACGUCCUUUGCAUCGGGAUAUUUGGCUCCCAGUCUCCAGAACUGAAACAGUCCUGUGCCGUCCAAGCUGGUCAGUGGGCUGUGCGCUGGGAGAGCCAUCCAGAUACGGAUGGGCUGGGGAAGGUGGCAGUCCUGGUGUGUGUGGUUUUGUGGGGUUUUUUYCUUCUUUUUUGUAACCCAGAAUGAUGUGGCUGACACAAAGCCAUCCAUCUGUUUAAAGGAAAACUGAGUUGCUUGGGCUCCUGAAUGUAGAUGGGCCAGAGGGAUGGCCAGACUGGUGUGAACAGGGCCUGGGAGGGAGCCCCGCUGCUCCUGUGGAGCCUCUGAGCCAGCCCGGCCCCUUGCA